AUGCCUGUUCCCUUCGAGGCUCUCCUCCCCUGGGGCAUCAUUGCCACCAUGUUCGGCGUGACUGGUGUCGGUCUCUACUACACUAAGCAGCUUGGAAACGAGGGCAAGAAGACCCGCUGGAACAGGGAUCUGUGGGAUAGAGUAAGUCAUUCCUCAACUCCAUCUCAAUCGGCUGCGGUCGGGAGAACUCGCUCUGAAUGUCCGCUAACACUCGUGCAGCAAAUGAUGGAGCGUGACCUCCGCCUUACCGGAACAUGGAGAGGACAAUCCAGUAACCACCAGGCGCCCCCGGGCUUCGAGCUGAGCAACCAAUGGAAGAUCGAGCGCCGGAUGUUCUAA